ACUAAUUUCCACAUCACAGUCUUCAAAGACAAGUAACAAAAAAAUGGCGCCUCCAACCGCAGCACCAGAGCCAAACACCGUGCCAGAGACUUCACCGACUGGCCACCCUAUGUUUUCCCGGAUCCGCCUGGCGACGCCGACUGAUGUCCCUUUCAUUCACAAGCUAAUCCACCAGAUGGCGGUUUUUGAGCGCCUCACGCAUCUAUUUGUCGCCACCGAGUCUGGUCUUGCCUCCACUCUCUUCAACUCCCGUCCAUUCCAAGCCGUCACCGUCUUUCUCUUGGAGAUCUCCCCUUCUCCAUUUUCCACCAAUGACGUUUCGUCCCCUGAAUUCACCCCCUUUCUUGAGACGCAUAAGGUUGAUCUCCCUAUCGAGGAUCCGGACAAAGACAAGUUCUUGCCGGAUAAGCUCAACGACGUGGUGGUGGCUGGAUUCGUUCUGUUCUUCCCGAACUACCCAAGUUUUCUAGCGAAACAGGGUUUCUACAUCGAGGAUAUCUUCGUGAGAGAGCCUUACAGGAGAAAAGGCUUCGGAAAACUGCUACUGACCGCUGUGGCAAAGCAAGCAGUGAAGUUAGGUGUAGGAAGAGUGGAGUGGAUUGUGAUUGAUUGGAAUGUGAAUGCUAUCAACUUCUACGAGCAGAUGGGUGCGCAGGUUUUUAAGGAAUGGAGACUUUGUAGGCUCACUGGCGAUGCACUUCAAGCUAUCGAUAAGCUAAGCAUCUAGAUUUUAUGUGUUUUGUUGCUGAGACCCAUCGAUGGACAAUGGAUCACUUCCUUAAGCUUUAAAGUUUGUUUUUAUUUUGUUGAAUAAAACAUCUUAAGUUUUAUGUAA